AUGGCUUCAAUGACUCUAGGUUCAUGGGUACACAACAAACAUCACCAUCAUCUUUCUCCUUCGUCUAUCUUUACCCGAUCUAAAACACCAAGAUCAUAUCCCCUCAUGACUCUUAAACCCAUCGUCACUAACCCUAAACGCACCGUUUCACCACCUUCCCACAGCGUCUCCUCUCCCGUCGUCACAAAAGAACACAACAGCAAAUCCACUUCCUUCGACUUCACGUCUUACAUGGUCAGCAAAGCCGAGUCCGUCAACGCAGCCUUGGACUUGGCCGUUCCACUCCAAGAACCACUCAAGAUCCACGAAGCCAUGCGUUACUCUCUCCUCGCCGGAGGCAAACGCAUCAGACCCCUCCUCUGCAUCGCCGCUUGCGAGCUCGUUGGAGGCGAAGCCUCCGUCGCUAUGCCGGCAGCCUGCGCCGUAGAAAUGCUCCACACCAUGUCGUUGAUCCACGACGACCUCCCUUGCAUCGACAACGACGAUCUCCGCCGCGGGAAACCAACGAACCACAAAGUCUUCGGCGAAAACGUCGCCGUUUUAGCCGGAGACGCGCUUCUCCCCUUUGCCUUCGAGCAUUUAGUGUCGGCGACGAGUCCCGAGGUUGGUCCUUUGAGACUGGUUCGAGCUGUUGGAGAGUUGGCUAAAGGCGUUGGCGUCGAGGGCGUUGCGGCUGGACAAGUGGCGGAUAUAAGCAGCGAAGGGUUAGACUCAAACGACGUCGGGUUGGAGCAUUUGGAGUUUAUACAUUUGCAUAAAACGGCGGCGUUGCUUGAAGCCUCUGCGGUGUUGGGUGGGAUCGUUGGUGGAGGGAGUGAUGAUGAGAUCGAGAGGUUAAGGCAAUACGCGAGGUGUAUAGGUUUGUUGUUUCAGGUGGUUGAUGAUAUCUUGGACGUCACGAAAUCGUCUCAAGAGUUAGGGAAAACUGCUGGGAAGGAUUUGGUUGCUGAUAAGUUGACGUAUCCGAAGAUUAUGGGCUUGGAGAAAUCGAGAGAGUUCGCUGAGAAGUUGAGUAGAGAUGCUCGUGAUCAGCUUUUAGGGUUUGGUUCCGACAAGGUGGCUCCUUUGUUGGCUUUGGCUGAUUACAUUGCAAAUAGACAGAACUGAACUGUUUUUUUUCUCUCUUUCUUGUCGGAAUCAUUGGAGAUUUAAUUCUCUGAAUCUUGUUUCAGAUUGAAUUGUAUUAAAUACUGCCACUGGAGAAGCUGAAACAGAUUGUUGUGUUCUUGUUGGUGUAAUCUCCAUGUUUCCGUGUACUACAAGACUGGAUAGUUAUGGGUUUUAAUAUUAUGAGAUCCAUGUUUGUAGUUUCUCACAACAGUUUAGUCCAUUGUGAACCUUUUAAGGCCCAU